AUGGCGCUCCUUCGAUACCCGAGCGAGUACAUGGAGAUGACCGACAAUGUGGCUGGUGAAGCUUCGAAGAACUCCAACGCCCAAGGCCGCCUGGCGCAGGACUUGGGCCAUAGACCUGGCAAAUCCGAUGGUGUUGUCUUCCGGGAAGACUCAUACAUCCCCGGCGAUAACAGCAGAUACGACCUCUUUCCGCGAGCCCAGAACCGUCACAAGUCCCUACCGCCGCUACCCUUGGUGUACAUGUCUUCCAGCAACCGGCCAGAGAAGCUCUACGACUACGAUUCGUCUGGCGCAUCAACACCUCGCCCAUCGUCCGAUCCCCCCUAUCACGUCUUUUCGAAAAAUGAAAAAUGGAUGGUUAUUGUGAUCAUCGGGGCCGCUGGCUUAUUCUCUGGUCUUUCGUCGAACAUAUACUUCCCGUCUCUGGACGCUAUUGCUCAGGAUCUGAAAGUUAGCUUGAACAUGGUAUCUCUUACCAUCACAUCGUACCUGAUCAUCCAAGGCAUAUCUCCAUUGCUUUGGGGAUCCAUAUCUGAUGUUCUCGGCCGACGACCCAUUUACAUCGCUUCAUUCGCUGUCUACAUUGUUGCCAACAUUGCUUUGAGUUUCUCUCCCAGCUUUGCAAUCCUGUUGAUCUUCAGGGGCCUUCAGGCAGCAGGAAGUGCUUCGACAGUCAGUAUUGGAAAUGGCGUCAUUCAGGAUAUCUCUCCCUCUUCCGAAAGAGGAGGUUUCAUCAGCUUUUACCAAGCGAUUCGAAAUUUUAGCAUAGCCGUCGGCCCCGUCCUCGGCGGAUUACUAUCCAACUACUUUGGCUUUCGUUCAAUUUUCGUGUUUCUCCUCAUCAUCUCAACCAUCACUCUCGCCGUCAUCAUUACGUUCCUUCCCGAGACUAUGCGCAGUAUUGCCGGCAAUGGUAGUAUUCGACUCGAUGGAAUGUACAGACCCCUCGCCCGAUACAUUCGCGGAGAUCCCGAAUACGUUGAACAGGGCUCGGUGAAGUCUUCGCCGCGAAAGAAGGUAACUUUCAUGACAUUCGUCGAGCCUCUAAGGCUCUUGAUCCAAAAGGACAUUCUUAUCAACCUCGUUUUCGGCGGCAUCAUCUACGCCAUUUGGAGUAUGGUGACAUCCAGUACUACGGGUAUCUUCAAGGAAAGCUUUGGCCUGAACGAGCUCCAAAUCGGACUCUGCUACCUGCCCAAUGGCCUCGGAACUAUUGUUGGAUCAACAAUCGUUGGUAAACUGAUGAACAAGGACUUUGCUGCGGCCGAAGCGGCAUACAAGUCAGCUCGAAACGAGCCAUCCAAGAAGAAGCUAUCAUCGAAGGAUGUGCCGGCAGACUUCCCCAUUGAACGAGCACGGUUACGAAGACUUCCUUGGGCUGUGGUAAUCUUCGUUAUUACAACAGCUGGUUACGGCUUCAGCAUGGCCAACGCUGUCUUCGCUCUGAACCAGACCUUGGUAUCAGACCUCUGCCCAGGCAAGGGCGCGAGUGCCACUGCUAUCAACAAUUUGGUUCGCUGUAGCUUGGGUGCCGUGGGCGUUGCCUUUGUUGAGCAAAUGAUCGCUCUUGCGGGAGUUGGACCGACGUUUCUAGGCUUAGCGCUGAUCACGGUAUCCGUGACGCCGUUAGCUGUGAUUCAUUGGAACUGGGGCCAGCAGUGGAGAGCCGAGAGGAUGAUGGCUAAGGAGGUGGCAGAUGAGGAGAAUGCCAAAAGCAAGAACUGA